AUGGCCUCGCUCGAGCUUACACGCGACACUCGCUAUGGUCCAGUGACUGGCUACGCCGACACGCACCCGCUGCGCCGCAUGUCGAGCGCGCAUGAGCCUCAUCGCGGUUCGGGAGGUGGGGAGGACCCGGUCUUGAAGUGGCUGGGCAUCCCGUACGCACAGGCUGGACGCUUCGAGAGGCCGAGCGCACCGGAGACGUGGAAAGAGGCGAAGGAAUGCCUCGAGUUUGGCUCAAUGUUUCCACAGCCGCCAAGCAACACCGAGCUUCUCCUCGCCAAACUCCCCGGCUUCCUCAUGCGCACGCACAUCCCCGUUUCCGAGUCCUCGCACUUCAUCAACGUCUUUGCGCCUGGCGACUUGAAGGAGGGGGAGAAGCUGCCUGUGCUCGUCUGGAUCUAUGGAGGAGCGCUGAACAAUGGAACGGCCGACCGCUUCUUCUACGACCCGACGUGCUGGAUCCGCGAUGGGCAGAAGAAGGGACAGCGUUGCAUCGUGGUGACGGGCAACUACAGGACGAACAUCUUCGGCUUCUGCGCGAGCGACGACCUCGCCAAGGAGGACCCGAACAGCUUGUGCGGCAACUACGGCGCGUACGACGUGAUCGCCAUGUUCGAAUGGGUCAAGGCGAACAUUGCCAACUUUGGCGGCGACCCGGAGAACGUCACGGCUUUCGGUCAGUCCGCCGGAGCCUUCCUCAUCUCGCACUUGCUUGUGUCGGGCAAGAAGCUUUUCAAGAGGGCGAUCUGCCAGAGUGGUGCUGCUGAGACGAUGCUUCUCCGCCCCGUCCCGCAAGCCUACCCCGCCUACACCUCUAUCCUCGACUCCAUCGGCGUACCCUCCACCUCUUCUGCCUCAGACCGCCUCUCAGCUCUCCGCUCCGCACCCGCCGAAACCCUCCUCUCGCUCCACAAUGCCGCUCACUCGUUCACCGCGCUCUCGCUCGCGCUUGAACCAAAAGUCGAGGGGGCGAUAUGGACUGAGGAGACCAUGAAGCGCUUUGAGAGGGGAGAAUGGGACGAGUGGGUCGAGGAGGUCAUCCUUGGGACGACGGAGGACGAGGGGACGAUAUUCGCUUCCGCUUUCCAGCUCACCUCGCCGCAAGCCUUCGACGCCUACGUUUCCCGCUUCCCUCCUUCUCUCCAGCCGAAGAUCAAGGCGAAGUACACCUCGCACCUCCCGAACGGCACCUACGACUCAUCCUCUCCCGUCCUUCUCACUGACAUGCCCGGCACGAAGCUUCUCGCCGACCAAGUCUUCCUCCACCCCGUCAUGGACCAAGCCGCCCUCCUCGCUCGCAAAUCCAAAGUCUGGCUUUACCGCCUUCGCGCACCAGUCGAAGUGAUCGACCGCGUCGCGCCCGUCAAGCUGGGUGUCUUCCACUCGGCGGAUCUGCCGUUCGUCUUCAACUCGAGGUCGUUGUGGGAGCACGAGGGACCGGACGCGGACGAUGCGAAGACUGCGGCUGCAGUUGGGGAGAGGUGGAUGCGCUUUGCAAUUCAGGGCAAUCCCGACUCGGCCUGGACGCCCUACAAGCCCGACAAGCCAUCGUGGCUCGCCUUCGACCGCGCAGGCAAAGUCUCAAACGAAGAUUUGAGCUGGUUCGAGAAGAACAAGGUCGAGCUUGUGUUUGCUGGGCAGGAGAAAAGCGAGGGCGAAGAGUUCCUCGGCGAGUCAAACGAGUGA